UGAACGGAGGUACUGAGCCACGAGCAGGCCAAUUCUACGACACAAGCAGUGAAUAUCAGCUAUGCUUACAAAUACUAGUAGGGUGUCGCACAAAGACCAGAAACUGAAACGGAUAAUCACAAGUAGUAUGAUUUGUCAUCCUAAAGGAAGAGUUUAAUAUAGAACAAUGGACUACGGAAAGUAUGCGGGGUUCAAGCAGCCAUGGGAACAGUGAUCGCUUGUGGUGUUCAUUGCUCGCGGGGAAGGUCGGCCAUGAUCUGGAAAGUUGUUCUUCACUGUGCAAUUCUGUGGUUCUAUGUAUACUUUCAAAGUGUCCAAGCUAAAACAACCAGAGUCAACAUGUGCAAGAGAAACAUCAUGAUUCGAAAGCACAUUCAUCUUUUCCACAACAUCAGCUACCUCGACCUUCAGAGCCAUGACGUCACAUGUCAGUGUGACCUGUAUACGCCGCCCUUCAAAGGCUGCGUCAAUUUGAAAGUACAAAGUAUAGAAGCUCUCGACCAGCUCCGUGACUGCCAAAAACCCCGGGGUUCUGUGUUUUCUAUAGACAACAGCUCGUGCGUUAUACAAUACAGGGUGAACGAGGCGCACGAGGACUGCACACACAACGUCACAGUCAUGAUGGCGCCGAGCAAAACACUACAUGAGCCAGUGAAAGACUGGCUGAAUAUUACAGCUACGGACGAAAGUGGUGUUUACAUCAACUGCAAAAUGACUGGUUCCGUAACAACAGGCAACUAUCCGACAGGGAUUACUCAAUACCCAACCACGUCAGAUUAUGUAGACAAUGGACAGGGUGAAGAGUAUGCAACAGAUCCCGCGGACAAUUCUUCUCUGUGUUGGAAUUGUACAACCCCGUCCUCUAGUAAUGUCCGUCGUAUCAAGCCCUCUGAGAUCGCAGAUCAGAUAGACAUCAUCCUGGCUGUCGCUGCUGGUUUUGUGGCAGUGUUCUUGGUGAUAGCGUUCAUCUGUCUGUGUAGAAGUUGCAGAAAAAAGGAUGUGUUGGAAAUAUUCCCACCUCGACCCCAGCUGUGCAACUCGCCAGUCAAGAAAGAGAGCGUUGAAGACUCCACCAUAUGCGACAGCGUCUUUGUGGAAACAUGUUCAACAGAGAAUGUGUUUGUGGAAGCGUGCUCAACCGAGAACGUUUUUGUGGAAACGUGUCAGGCGGAAAUUAAGAAAGAGGACGGCAAAUGUACAGCAUCCAACAACGUCGAUGACGGAAAUUCUCAGCGAUAUGUGAAGUUUGUGAGACGAACGUCUGAUGACUGCUACGAUAACGUUGGUUUUAACUCCUAAACUGGGCUGUGCAUAUUUGAACGAUGAGAGAUUUGCGUCCUUGUAUUCGGGUUAUGCGGGGGGCGGUGUGGUAGCCUAGUGGUUAAAGCGUUUGCUCGUCACGCUGAAGACCCGGGUUCGAUUCCCCACAAGGGUACAAUGUGUGAAGCCCAUUUUUGGUGUCCCCCGCCGUGAUAUUGCUGGAAUAUUGCUAAAAGCGGCGUAAAACUAAACUCACUCCCGGUUAUGCAGGACACAACUCGCAGUAUAUGUGAACAGUAGAUUGUAACAAUCAUUCCUGUCUUCUUUGGGGAAUUCUGAGUUAGCAGUACCCAUGCUUGUCUCCUAGGGGCGAAUCCAGGACAGAAUAGGUCUCCACUAUCAGUGCUUGUCUGCUUGGCUGGUUCCAGGGUAAAACAGCUCCCCAUAUACCUGCGUAUAUCCCAGUGGAUGGAUUCAGAAUAGGUCAUUUCAAGGCAUCCAAGGCUUACCCUUCAGGGGAAUUCUGGGACAGAAUAGCUCACAGUGUCAAGGCUUACGUUAUACCUUCCAGGGAAAUUCUGGGACAGAAUAGCUCACAGUAUCAAGGCUUACGUUAUACCUUCCAUGGGAAUUCUGGGACAGAAUAGCUCACAGUGUCAAGGCUUACGUUAUACCUUCCAGGGGAAUUCUGGGGCAGAAUAGCUCACAGUAUCAAGGCUUAGCUUCCAGGGGAAUUCUGGGGCAGGAUAGGUCACAGUAUCCAAGGCUUAGCUUCCAGGGGAAUUCUGGGGCAGGACAGGUCACAGUAUCAAGGCUAACCUUCCAGGGGAAUUCAGGGGCAGAAUAACUCACAGUAUCCAAGGCUUACCUUCCAGGGGAAUUCUGGGGCAGGAUAGGUCACAGUAUCAAGGCUAACCUUCCAGGGGAAUUCAGGGGCAGAAUAGCUUACAGUAUCCAUGCUUACCUUCCAGGGGAAUUCUGGGGCAGGAUAGGUCACAGUAUCAAGGCUUACCUUCCAGGGGAAUUCAGGGGCAGAAUAGGUCACAGUAUCCAAGGCUUACCUUCCAGGGGAAUUAUGGGGCUUAUCUUCCAGGGAAAUUCUGGGGCAGGAUAGGUCACAGUAUCCAAGGCUUACCUUCCAGGGGAAUUCUGGGGCAGGACAGGUCACAGUAUCAAGGCUAACCUUCCAGGGGAAUUUGG